CAGUGAGUGAAUCGCGCCGACGUGGAGCAUGGCGGAGUCGCAGCUUCUUUGCCUGGAGGAUACUCACGUGAACGAACGGGUCAGUGAACAUAAUCCGCGGUACUACUACAGCGAGGAGCAACGGCGGGCGCUGGAGGUCCUCGUGGCCGACGGGGAGAAAACGUAUAAGUCGCAGCUGAAGAAAGAGCAGCUGCCCGACUUCCUUUCCAGCAGAGAGUUGGAGGUCUUGCGGGACGGCUGGCGUGCUUACGAUGCCCACCUGGAGCAUGGCAAAACGGUCACCGGACCUUCGGGAAAACCCCUGUCGCUCUCUUACUGGCCCGAACGCUCCGACACCGAGAUCCCUCCGCUGGACAUGGGGUGGACUCAUAACUAUUUCUACCGGGGAGCCACGCGUCUGGCUCUGUACACGCACCCGCGCAAGGAAGACAAGGCGCCUCACGUCAAGCAAGUAGUGCGGGAAACGAUCCAGCAAGCGAAGAAGAUAAUUGCAGUAGUCAUGGAUCAGUUCACUGACAGGGACAUCUUCCGAGAUAUAGUAGAUGCAGCAUACAAGCGCCAGAUUCCAGUUUAUAUGAUCUUAGAUGAAGAGGGCUCCAUACUCUUCCUGGAGAUGUGCAAAUGCAUGGACCUAAAUGAUUUCCAUAUUAGGAAUAUUCGUGUACGUUGUGUGACUGGAGUUGGGUUCUACAUGCCAUCAGGGAAGAUCCAAGGCAAUUUGGCCUCUCGUUUCUUAAUGGUAGAUGGUGAAAAAGUCCUCACUGGAUCUUAUAGUUUCACAUGGACCUCAUCCCACAUAAACAGAAAUAUUCUUUUGUGCCUAAGUGGACAGCAUGUUGAAAUGUUUGAUACUGAAUUCCGUGAACUCUAUGCCAUUUCAGAGGAGGUUAAUCUUUACAAGAAGUUGAACAUUCCCUGUCCUUUCCGUCAUGGUAUUGGGAACCUUGGUUUUUCUUCAUCUACUGUGGCCCGGAAAGUUAUUAACCCAAAAUAUGGACUGGUGAUAGGUAUUCCUCCAGGAGAAAUGAUGCGCCGUCAGAGGGAUGAGUCACAAGAGAAACUUGAAGGAAGAGAAGAACAAAAUGAAUCAAAUAAACGACUAGAUAGUUUUCUUAAUGACCUUAUAACAGUCAAGCAGGUGCUGCCGGAUAUAGAACCUCCACUUGAGAACUUGAGCACAGCAGAACCUCAAAAGUUAUUUUCACGAUUCCACUUAGACCUGAAAUAUAAAUCUAAAUCCAAAGAGUCUGUCUGUGACCAUAGGAAGGAUGAAUUUGCCGAUAGGGAAGUCAAUUUCAAACAAGGUAAGAGGUUUGGCAGUGGAUUUUUCAGAAAGGCCAAGCGAUCUCCACCUUCGAAUGCUGAUGCCAGUUCUGCUACUAGUGAGACUGCUGAAGAUUUGAUGGGUGUGAAGGUACCAAAGGAAUGCCAUGCCAGUUUUCGUAGUACUGGAGACAAUUCAGGUACUGUGAGUCCAAGUUCUCUCCCUGGGGGAAAAACCAAAGAGUCAAUCUGUGUGGUCUCAUGACUAAAGAAAAACUACUGGAAAAUUAGAAUUCAAAAGGCAUCUACUGGAAUAUACAAUAAGUGCAUUCUUUCAAACUUUCAAUCUGACAUCCUCACAAUGCUGCAUGUAACCACUGCACUUUCCAAGACAGAGCUGGGUUUGCCAGUUAAAACAUACCUACUGAGUAAAUGUGUGUUCUGGAAGAUCAUUGCAUAAUGGUAGCAAUAUUAAUUAAAAAAAACAUGACAACUUCCAUUUUGGAUUUAACUCUAUUGCAAUGUAGCUGUUGAAGAGUUGUGGCCUUAUAAACGUCUAAAUAAAUAACAGGUCAAGGUGCUUUCCUUCUUUUAGUGAUGUUGUUUUAGUUUGUCAGGCUUCAGAUUAAAAGAAUGUUGUUGCAUUAUUGAUAAUUGCACUGUAUUUUAUUAACUUGCUGGGAUAGAAAAUUA